AUGAGACUGAAUGUUGCCCUUUUCUUUGGGGCUCUCUUCGGAGCGCUGGGGGUUCUGUUGUUUUUGGUAGCCUUUGGAUCAGAUUAUUGGCUUCUCGCUACUGAAGUGGGCAGGUGUUCAGGUGAACAGAAUAUAGAGAACAUCACUUUUCACCAUGAAGGAUUUUUCUGGAGGUGCUGGUUCAGUGGCAUUGUGGAAGAGAACAACUCCAACAUCUGGAAGUUCUGGUACACCAAUCAGCCACCAUCCAAGAACUGCACACAUGCUUACCUGUCUCCAUACCCCUUCAUGAGGGGUGAACACAACUCUACUUCCUACGACUCUGCAAUUAUUUACCGUGGCUUCUGGGCAGUCCUGCUGCUUCUGGGAGUAGUGGCUGCCUUGACCGCGGGCUUCCUCAUCAUCUGCGCAGCCCCCUUUGCCAGUCACUUCCUUUAUAAAGCUGGAGGAGGCUCCUACAUCGCUGCAGGCGUCCUGUUUUCCCUGGUGGUGGUGCUGUACGUCAUCUGGGUCCAGGCGGUGGCUGACAUGGAGAGCUACAGAGCCAUGAAGAUGAAACACUGCUGGGAGUUCACCCCUUCUGUUCUGUAUGGCUGGUCAUUCUUCCUGGCCCCGGCUGGCGUCUUCUUUUCUCUGCUAGCCGGGUUACUCUUUCUAGUCGUUGGCCGGCAUAUUCAGCUACAUCACUAAGUUUAGCCCCUCCAGUGUCCAAAGCACGG